UUCAAAACAGUCGAUGGAUCAGUUUAGGUAUGACUACAAGCAAUUUCUUAGGCUCAUAUCAAGGGAUGUCGAUCAAACGAUUGCGAGGAAUCAUAGAGAUCCGUCUACCACUCCUCAGACACCUCAAUCCAAAGAUGAUGUCAAAAAAGAGAGUGAGCGUUUGUUCACGGAACUGGAUUCACUAACCCGGGAGUACAAACGGCUCCGACAGGUCGUGGAGCAGCUAGGACGGGAAUAUGAAGAAUCUAAGGACUAUGAUCCUGUGCGGCGCUAUGAGAAACUGAAAGGUAUGGUGAAGAGGACUAUAAUGCACCUGAGGGUGACACAGGAAGAGCAGGGUACGUCUCCGGGAGGGGCCAGUGGGGGCACGGGGCUAGUCCAAGGCUGUAAAGAGUAUGCUUUCCAGAUGGAAUCCCUUAAGAAGAGAGAGGAACAUUUUUCAGGUAUGAGCAAAAACGACAUUAUAACUGACAACGAAAAGAUGGCUGAACAAAUUCAAGACAUGAAAAGAAAAUGUUCCAUCAUUCGCGAUUUAGUGGUGCAGAUGGAAACCCAGUACGAACAGUCUAAACGUUUUGUGAUGAUGCAAAGGUAUCGACUGUUGAAAAGCAUGGUGAAAACAGUCAUUCAUGAUCACCUCAUAACGUGACGAUGGCAUCCUGAAGAGCAAUUUAUUGGUAUUUUAUAAUGGUCCCUUGUAGUUGGAAAACUUCAUAUAGUGCUGCUGUAAAAAGCAGAACUGUCUCCGUUACAGUGAGACGAUGGGUGUUUCUCUACGAACUACAUACUACGUCAUUUUUACAGAAACUUUGAAUAUAUGUAUUUUCUUGAUAUUUUGGUAUCAUGGAUCGAUGUCGGUCAUCUGUACAAUGCUCCAGGUGCUAUAUCACAUCUCAGAAGUAGUUUGGACAACUGGCUGUAGGCUGUAUUCGCGCACUUGCCAGCCGUCUGAAGGAAAUGACGGCCAACAACUGCUGAAUUCAAAUGAGAUUUGCCCGCAGGUUACAUUUCACAUAUAUGGCGGUAAAUAUGUGACGAUCCAUAGUCUGCAUGGCUACUGUGACUUUACUCCGGUUCUUCAUUAGAGACAUUUAAUUAAAAGUUACAAUUUCAACUUGUAACUUCAAAUCAGAAUUAGUUCAUCUUUUGCUCGUUCAUAGUUACAAGUGGAACUUGUAAAUUCUGUCUAAACGUCUCUAAUUUAAUAUCUCAUACAUCCUCCAACGUCACAUAAGUGUACUUCCAGAUUAUUCAAAACUAUAAACAAUUUCGACGCCAGUCUUAUAGUUCAAAGAAACAAUUUGCUGCAGUGUACAGUGUUGUCUAAGCAUUAAUAAUUUUGAAAAGUCAGUAAUUUACAUAAAUGUUUAUAACAUUUUUACCCUUACAAGAUCAAAUUCGUUUGAAAAACAGCUUUGUUUUAUUGCCGACUUUUGUUAUUUGUGUA